AAGGCGUGGUUUCAGAGAGGGGGGAGAGUGGGGGAGUGUUGGCAGGUAGAGAGACACUGAGAAAGACAAAGAAAGAGGGAUGCGAGUGGAGGAGCUUGUUCUCAAUCUCUUUCACAUCUGGAAUUUUUGGAGCAGCUCCCGUUUGCCUAUAGAGCUCUUAUAAACGGGGGGACAGAGGAAGGCAGGAGCAAGGCUAGGUUUGUUUCUGCUGACACAAAUCAACAGGGUGGACCGCUGUCUUUCCGACGAUCUUCGAUUUUCUGUUGCAGCGGCGAUAAACACAGCUGAGGAACAAAACAACAAAAAAAAGAAAGAAAGAAAAGAAAACGGACUGACUUUCUUCUCCUCUCCUUACGAAGGAUUUCAAAGGCCCCCCAAAAAAUCAGAAUAACACAAACGACAUGGUUCUGUGACUGUUUUGUGUCUACACCGCCCGCCGUGUGCUCUCAAAAGCAUCGACAGGAUACGAGCGUUUUGGAUGGCCGAUAGGGAGCCAUAGCUUGUGUGUUUUGACGUGAACAUAUUGUAACAAAAUGAUCAAAGUUUGACGUAACACGAGGAAGACGGGAAAACAAAUAAAUCAUGAUUUACAACCGAAUAAGGGACGUGUUUGCUAAUUUAGGGAACGUGUCUAAAUUGAAGUUAGCGAACGUGUUGUAGCCAAAUAUUUAUGGAAUGUAAACAAAUAACAAACAGCUUCCGGGUACAUUAUUUAACUGCUCUUAUAUAGCCAAUAAAAGGUAUGCUCUUGUUUUAAUCUGUCGAUUGAAUUGUGUAUUCAGACUAAAGUAGGCUAUAAACAGAAUAAAAAGGUGUGUAAUUUCAAAAUAUUGCAGCUAUAGUAUUACUGUGGUGGUGGUACCUUUACAUAUCAUAGAAAAUAUAGCAAUAAAUACAUUUUCAUAUAGUUUAACAAGCAAAAUGAAUUAACGAGCCACAUAUUUUAACAGAAUUAUGAAGUGUGCAUGGAAAUGACUGAGCAAAUAUGUUUUAACCAGGCGGAUCCUAUGAAGAAGACCUCGGAGCUUUGAACAAUCAAAUGAAAUCCUAUCAAAGGAUAAAUUGUGGAUAAUCAAUUCCUGUACUCAUGCACUUUUUAUGGCGGGCUCCUGUGGAUCAAUCAUGGCGUCAGUCAGUGACCUCUUCAUCCCGAGAGCUGGCCGUCAAUAUAAGAAGGUCACUGUGGAGUUUAACGCCGGGGAGGCAUUCAAACUGCAUAGCCAAUAGCUCUUGCAACAGUGAAGCGUAAUUGUCAGUUUAUAAGAUGAAUCACAGGGAAACGGGCUGCUUUCAACAAUGGUGGAAAACGUUGGCAUAGUCAGACGUUAUGUUAAAUCUUUUUAUGUAAAACAUGAAAUAAAGAUAGGACUGCACUAUGACAGCUUGGUCAAUUCAGCCGAAUAAGUCAGUGUUAGCCUAUCAAUGCAAAUUUGACUUCCUCUUGUCUUUUCAAUUCUUCUGUUGAUGGAUCUGGAGAUCAGAAAACUACAAAUGGAUGAGUUAUGAGCAGCUUUACUUGAAUCCAGGAAACCAACGCAGACCGACUCUGAUCUGAAUGGAUGUGUGUGAGACGAGGGAUGAAUUGUGCCGUGCUCUAUUCGUGCUUCAUACAUGGAUUCGCCUGUUAGCACGGCCCUGCAGGGCAGCAGUGGCAGCAACUACACAGCUGACACCUCAGGUCCAAGCUUCAGUGACCAGCUGGGCACUGCCUCACCUGUUGUGCCAAGGGUUGUUUCCAUAGUGACCAGCCUGGUGACCACCACCACAGAGGCCACAGUGAGAACCACAGGAAACCUAUCAGCAUUCAGAGACCAAAGAGGGAAUGAGCUCAGUCAGAUCCAUCAGACCUCAACUCUGUCAGUGCUGAGUUCUGCUGAGAGUAACUCUGUCCUGCAUGGCAUCACAGUGGCAGCUCAGGCUCUGGUCCUCCUCUCCAUCUUCCUCCUGUCCAGCCUCGGUAACUCGGCAGUCGUCAUUGUCAUCAUCAAACACAGACAGCUGCGAACAGUGACCAACGCUUUCAUCAUGUCGCUGUCGUUGUCUGACUUCCUCACAGCUGUUCUGUGCCUCCCAUUUUCCUUCGUCAUGCUCUUCAGUAAGGACGGUAUAUGGAUGUUUGGGGAUCGCUUCUGUGUAGCCAAUGGCUUUUUCAACACCUGUUUCGGUAUCAUCUCCACCCUGACUAUGACGUUGAUCUCCUUUGACAGAUACUACGCCAUAGUCAGACAGCCACAGGCUAAAAUAGGACGUCAGAAAGCAACUCAGUUAUUGAUAGCUGUGUGGUUAACUGCAGUCGUUUUCUCUCUGCCUUGGUAUCUGUUAGUUCGAACACCUACAGAAAUCCAUAAGAAAGGCUUCUACCAUUGUAUGUAUGUGUUCCACUCUGGGACCUCACGCAUGGGGACAGCUUACAGCAUCUGCCUUAUUGUUGUGUGUUACUUACUGCCCUUCUCUCUCAUGUGUUUUUGUCAUUAUAACAUUUGUAAGACAGUUCGGCUCUCUGAAAUCCGAGUCAGACCUGUGACAACAUACGCAUACUUAUUGCGAUUUUACAGUGAAAUGCGAACAGCCACCACAGUUCUGAUUAUGAUUGUUUUCAUCAUUUUUUGCUGGGGGCCGUAUUGUUUAAUGGGGUUGGUCACAGCAAUGGGGGACUACACUUUCAACCCUGCAAUGGACACGGUGGCCAUCUGGCUAGCAUGGGCUAAUGGAGCCAUCAACCCUCUGAUCUAUGCCCUGAGGAACCCCAAUAUAUCCAUGUUACUGGGGCGGAGCAGAGAGGAGGGCUAUCGGACCAGAAAUAUUGCUGCGUACCUCUCCAGCCAAACCCAGAACCGUGAGAUUCGGCUGAACCAAGCAGAGAGAAUAAGGGACCGCUAUGUGAGUCGUGUAGGGAUGAAUAAUAACAGCCGAGUCUCAAGUUCAAGUCCUGGAAAAGGAGGAGGAGGAGGAGAGGUGGCCAUGUGGGCCUGUAAAAACCCUGCUGUGUUCUUCUGCAGGGAUGCUCAGCCUGACACUGCAACACUACCCAACUCUGUCAGCGCUCCAAAGAUGAAGACAGCUGACACCAGCCUGUGACGUUCUGGAACAAUUCUGAACCAUCUAAUGAUUGUUUUCGUCUUGUCUGCUGUUGUGGAUCUAGAGAUUGCUUACACCAGUUUGUCACUUUUUUGGAAAUACCUAGUAGUAUCUAUGUGUUUUCAAAUCUCAGCCUCUAAUGUUUAUGAUUUAAACCACCACUUUCUCAGAAUUUGCUCAUGGAAUCAAAAGAUUCAUUUGAUGUUUCUGACUAUUAAAUGAGACCUUGAAGUUCUCAAAGAGCCAUUGUACCGCCUGAAUGAGCUCUGGAUCAAACACGAAGGGGAAUGCAAAACCAUUCUUUAGGAAACCAUGACAAGUUUGACUAGUGCUACAAAGGUCUUCAUAUCAGAUAUCAUUUGAUAUUAAAUGCAUCAUGUGGAUAUGGGAACUGAUUUUGGACAUAGCAUUGCCCAAAUAUAUCAUUAUUGUAUGUAUCCUUCUCAGACUGUCCUCACCAGAAAAAUGAUGUAAUCGGUUGUAUGUUUAAAGACAUAAAACAACAUAAAGUUACACUUCCAUCUUGCUGUCAUGUGAAUGAUGAAAAGAUUGUUCUUCUUCAGAAGCAAAGGCAUAACUAAAUGGAACUUCUGACAGCCUUGUCACUCCAGAAAGCGCAUCAUUGUCUCACACUACUGUACCUGGCAAGGUAAUGACUAAGAGAGAACAUGCUAGCACCACCCAGCGACAAUAUAGCCUAGCUGGGUUGUGAAGUAAUUAAUUCAAGCAACAUAUCACCAUAAAUCAAAUGCAAACCACUUUCCUUUUGUGAUGCAGUUUACUUCUACAGGGUUAUAACAAAGUGCAUGGCGAAACGCAGCUAUGUGAUGAUAGGUACCUGUGUUUUGGACAGUUCCCACAAAGGUCACCACUGCCAUUUGUUCUCAAUCAGCGGAGCUAUUAUGUGAGACAAUUAAUGACAAAUGAAUUGCACAAAUGUCUCGCGCCUUGUGACCAUAUCCACUGACCGAGGCAAGUUCAAUCAAAUAGAUUGUUUUUGCUUCAGUAUUGUGUUGUUUUAAAUGCUGUUGUGACCAGGCCAGUAAGCAGGUGAUUGUGGUGUGACCAUUCUAUCAAGCAUGGCCACAGUCUUCUUUCACUA